AAGGGCACCAAACGGUAAGGCUGGGGUCAAUAACCAAAUAGCCACCACCAUGAGCACUCGCAGCGGCCGCAACGUGACCAAAGUCGAGCGAUUCGACCCCACGGAUAAGAAGCGCAACAUCGACAACUCGAGCGAGGAAGAAGAUGAGCCCAAGGUGACCAAGAAGGUCAAGAAGACUGCCGUGGCCGCCAAGAAGGCCCCCAAGCGCAAGGUAUCCAAGGAAAACGCCGACGGUACCCCCAAGGAAAAGCGCCCGUUGACUGCGUACUUCUUGUUCAUGGCUGAAGAACGCCCGAUCUUGGUCAAGGAACAACCUGACUUGGGGGCCAAGGAAGUGAUCUCGGAAUUGGGUGCACGGUGGAAGGCCCUCCCGGAGGCGAAGAAGGCUAAGUUCAACGCCGCCGCCGCCAAGGCCAAGGCCGAAUAUGUCGCAAAGAAGGAAGCGGCCCCUUCCGCUGACAAGCCCAAGAAGUCCAAGAAGUAAACUAGCGUCGACAGUUAUGUGUGACUUUUCAUUUCAUUGCUUCGUAUUAAUAUGAUUACCAUCCCUUUCAGUGUACGUACACAACACAUGUUCCCGAGUUGACGUUUAGCGAUUGGAAUUGUUGCUGAUUUCGUCUGUCGU